UAAACAUUGCUUAUCAGGUAGGUAGUACCGUAUUAUAAGCGGUGUAAAUUAUUUCCGUUUCGAUAUCGACCUAUAACCAGUCGACAAGAUGCCACCAAAAAAACGUAACUCCGGGACAACACAGACCAAGGAGCUGAAGCCCAGUGUUAAAAGUGCCUCCCCAGACAAGAAGGAGAGUCCCGAGUUUUCUGUCAGAAAACACAGAGAAAAGGACGCUGAAUUUGUGACCCUGUGCAAAAGCCUCCAGGUGACAGAUGCAGUGUGUGAUCGUGCCUGGAUGUUAUGGAAGACUGUCCAAGAAACCAUGGAAGAUUCUCCUGGCACUAAAAAAAACAUCUGGGGUGCUUGUCUGUAUGUGACCGUGACGGACCUGGAUGAUGCCAGUUUUACAUUAACUCAGGUUCAGAAAGAAGUGGAUAUGAAUGUAAAGCAGUUCCUGGCUCUGGUGAGGAGGAUGGAUGUAAACUUGGACAUAAUAAGCACUCGCGUUAAUUCAGUAAUGACACGACUGGAGAAGAAGUAUGAUGUGUCUUUGGCUCUAUACCAGAGAUUUGAGAAAAUAUGCAAGAAAAUCUUUUUGGAUUCUGGUGCCAAGGAGAAAGAGACCCUGCAGAGCUGUUGGACAAUGUUUCUCUUAGCAAAAGGAAGGGCUUUGCAGAUGGAGGAUGACCUGGUCAUAUCGUUCCAGCUGCUGCUGUGUACACUGGAGUUCUUCAUCAAGCGCUGUCCUCCCGACCUCCUGCAGCCUCUCUACCAAUCGGCUGUCAGCAAAGCUCACAGCCCCCCAACACGAACAUCUCGUCGCAACCAGAGCAAAGCUAAACCCAGGCUUCCAGAGUCAGAGGUGGAUGUGUUGCUUCUUGAAGCCUUGUGCAAGGAGAAUGAAUGCAGUAUAGAGGAGGUGAAGAAUGUGUACCAGACCACUUUUUCUGCUUUCCUGGAAUCUGUGGAUGUCUCAAAAUCCCCUGAUCUUCCCCAGGCAAAUGACCUCAGCAAGCAGUAUGAAGAGCACUACCUCAAGAGUAGAGACUUUGAUGGACGGUUGUUUUUGGAUGGAGACAAGACUCUUCUUCCUCCAAAAUUAGAGAUAAUGCAGGUGGAGAGAACGCCAAAGAAGAACCUACAGGAGGAAGACCCUGUAAUGAUCCCGCCCCAGACUCCAGUCAGAGCUGCACUGAACUCUAUUAAGCAGCUGAGGAUUGACUUGACCUCCUGUGGGGACCAGCCAUCAUCCAACCUGGCCAUGUAUUUCAAAAACUGUACUGUGGAUCCAACAAACGAGAUCAUCAAGCGUGUGGAGACAUUGGGACAGGUUUUUGGUCAGAGGUUUGCUCAGGCAGUCGGCCCGCGCUCUCUGGUUCUUGGCAAACAGAGAUAUACCCUUGGUGUUCGACUGUACUACAGAGUCAUGGAGUCGAUCCUCAAAUCGGAGGAGAAGAGAUUGUCAGUUCAAAAUUUCAGCAAACUUCUCAACGAAUCCACAUUCCAGACCUCACUUUUGGCCUGCGCAUUAGAAGUGGUCAUGGCAACCUAUGGAGGGAACUCCUUCAAGACUGGAGGAUACAACCACGGAAAUGGUGGUGACCCAAUUGAAACAGACUUUUCCUUCCCCUGGAUCCUUGAUGUGUUUAACCUAACCGCCUUUGACUUCUACAAAGUCAUCGAGAGCUUCAUAAAGGCUGAACCUAGCCUUAGCAAAGAUAUUGUCAAACAUUUGGAGAGUUGCGAACACCUCAUCAUGGAGACCUUUGCAUGGAGGACGGGCUCCCCUCUUUUUGAGCUGCUGAAACAGAUGUGUGAGGAGGGCCAAGCGGAGCAGGUGGAGAUCCCCUCUAAUUUUAACCAGCCACUGCAGCACAACCACACAGCAGCUGACCUAUAUCUGUCUCCUAUGCGCCCAAACACUCGUGUCCUGCCUCCUUCUGAGCCGUCUGUCAUACCUGGCUCUCAAUCGGUUUCUCAGGGUCUCAUACAGCCUGUUUUGCAAGGUGCCAGCCAGACCCCCAGACCCCCGAAAUCCAACUCUCUCAGCCUCUUCUACAAAAAAUUGUACCGACUAGCCUACAUGAGGCUGAAGAUGCUGUGCUCAUACCUGUUGUCUGCUCAUCCUGAACUGGAGCCAAUCAUGUGGACGCUUUUUCAGCACACUCUACAACACGAGUAUGAGCUGAUGAAAGACCGCCACCUUGACCAGCUGAUGAUGUCGGCCAUGUAUGCCAUUUGUAAGGUGAAAAAUAUUGACCUGCGCUUCAAGACCAUUGUCACAGCAUAUAAGAACAUGCCCAACACCAAUCAGGAGACCUUCAAGCGUGUGUUGAUCACUGAGGACCAGUAUGACUCCAUCAUCGUCUUCUACAACCAGGUGUUCAUGCAGAAGCUAAAAAGCAACAUCUUACAGUAUGCAUCUCCCAGGCCCCCUACCCUGUCGCCUAUCCCACAGAUCCCACGCAGCCCCUAUAAGUUCCCCAGUUCCCCUCUACGUGUGCCUGGGAGCAAUAAUGUGUACAUCUCCCCUCUGAAAAGCCCACGUGUGUCCCAGGGGAACAUGACCCCCCGCUCAAGAAUGUUGGUAUCUAUUGGGGAGUCGUUUGGGCCUUCCAAUAAGUUCCAGAAGAUCAACCAGAUGGUCAACAGCAGUGACCGCUCCUUUAAAAGGACUCUGGACCUGGGCUCCAAUCCCAAGCCUCUAAAGAGGUUAAGGUUUGAUGUUGAUGGUCAAGAUGAAUCCGAUGGCAGUAAAACUGGUGGAGAUUCUACGCUGAUACAGAGGCUUGCAGAGAUGAGUUCCACUAGGAGCCGCAUGCAGGAGCAGAAGAUGAAGGAGGAUGCUGAGUUAAGGAAGGAGUAACCUUGGAAAAAAAGCCUGCUGAGUUGACCUGCACUGUUUGUCACAAUCUGAUCCCUUUUUUCCCUUCAAUUUCCUUUUCUGUUAUUGCUUAACUGAGUGUUUUAGCUGAGUGAGGUAUUUCGUUCAUCAUUGAAUUUCAUCUAUGAGAGAUUAUGUUUGGCAAAUGUUUUAUGAGGGACAGUUGUUUGUGGAUGUUAUAAGAAAUCAUCGCUUUAACUUUACCAGGCUAUUCUUUUUCUUUUUCUUUUUUGGAUGAUUCUUUUUUUUAGUGUAAGGUAGCGGGGCUGAGUCAGCCCCAUCAGGAUUUUUAAACUGCUGACCCACCUCUUUUUGACAGUGAAAUAAUUCUUAAUUCGAAUGUUUCAAUCAUGAUGCAACAUUCAGAGAAUUUUUGAAUUGUAAUCAUGCACACCAAAAUAACUAUCAGGACCCAAGAGAGAUCAAGAUGUAACUAUUCUUUGUAUUAAUUUUCUGUCAAGUGAUAUUUUACUCAGGAAUAAUAUUUUUACUUAAAGACAGCAGGGUUUGGGAGCAGUCGGCCUCUUGAUGUUGGAUCGGCUGUCUGUCAACAUUUUGGCUUUUUCUCACCUCUCAAUUUCUUGAUUUGUAAAUGGAUGUCGAUCUGAUUGUAUAGCAGCUGAAAGGAUCUUGUUACGCUUUGCUGUUUCUAUUUAUAUUGGAAGUGUUAUUACAGACUGGUGUUUCAAAACUUAAGACAACGGGUCUCAUAAGCAGCCAAUGUUGUUGGCUGACUUCCUUGUGGAGGAACAUUUUCCAAAAAGUGAAAAUGUUACACUUGAGUGAAGUAUCACCUAAAAAGAAGAAGAAAAAAACAAAACACCAAACUGUUUUCCAGAACACACUUUAUGCUGUUUGAAAGGGUUUGGUCACGGUUAAAACAAUAUUUCACUUUGGUAAAUUGUUAAUAGUUUAUAAUAUAUAUAUUUUUUUGUUUUAAUUACAGGUGUCUAAAAUUGUAUUUCAAAUGUGUACACCUCCCCAGGUGAUUCAGUGGAAAUAAUAUCUUUCCUGCUCUUGAUCUUUCUUUCUUUUUUUUUCUUUUUUUUUUAAAAGAAAUGAUCUUGGUCUAUUUGCAACUGUCUAUUGAGACUGUGUGAGGGUCUUGACUGUUAGCAAACGACUAAUGUCGCUAGUUAAUGGAUAACAGUCACACUAGUACCAAGGUGGAAUAUUGUUUUAAAUGUGCAUAUUUGCUAGCUUUUUUUUUUAAUGUUUGUCAAUGAAAUUUUACUUUAUUGAAGUAGUUAUAAGGAUGUAGUAAACAUUU